CUGUAGAGGCAGUGAUAGGAAAGACACAGUAUUAGUAUUCAGAGCACAGGGAGGAAAAAUAGAGGAGGGAGCGAGCGAGCAGCCGAGAGACAGAGAGAGUGAGAGGGAGGGGAUAGUGAAACAGAGAGGAGGAAAAACACAAGGAGGGGGGAAAAAUAUAAGAGAAGAACACAGGAAACGGGAGGGUAAAGAGGGGAGGGGAGAGAUAUCAUAUUGUUCAUUUCUCCCUCUCAGUCUGCCAUCCCGGUUGCGGGGCUUAUUGCUCGGUGCGUCUUGGAGAGAGAAGGAAAAGACAGAGAGAGAGAGAGAGAGAGCGAGAGGUGGGGGGUGGACAGAGCGAAAGAGGGCGGAAUGCCCCUUUACAAGCGUCGCAUCUGACUAAAACAGCGGACAGGCUCGUAAAUCGGGAAAUCGGACAGAGAGGGAGACAGUGGUUUCUGCAACGCCAAGGUGAUGUUGGAGAGCUUCAAAAAACAGAGUCUCCACAAUCCUUCCAGUCCACGCUGAUGUGCUGGAGAGAUCACAGACACGGACGCCUUCCACCGUUUCCUGUUGGAGCUAGAUGACAAAGAGCUCAACUUUCCAAUUUGUAGAGAAGAGAAAAAAGAAGCCACUUGUCUGCAGGCUGCGGUUUCUGGUCUUGGAAACAUUAGGAAAAUAACAAGCUAAAGGUUAUGCAUGCACUGCAGGCAUAACUCUACAUUCUUUAGCCAAAUCCAUUUGCAAAGAAAACUUUGGAGUGCUUCCGCUCCGGCUUGCAAAUUCACCAUGGCCCAGAAUCUCGACAGUCAAGUCCAAUAAAGGGAAAGUGAGAGGGGUGGGUGUCGCUCAGUCACACAUGGGCGCGUCAGUCUGGUCUCUGUGAUCCAGACCAAGACACCCUGCAGAGCCCCUCUUGUUCUUCCUUUAUCGCUGCUGGCCUCUCAGCUUCCUCUGCCUGCUCCCUCUCAGUUCACACCUUGUAAAAGGUGGACGGGUCAACACUCUACUUACCCGAGCGCCGUCCGAUAGGUGAGGGCGGCGAGGGCUGCGCUGUCAUUGGCUGACUGCUGGUGAGAGUGCGAUGCGGAUUGGAGGAUGUCGGGGGACUGGGAUGAAGACCUGUGUAAGAAGGCGCUGGUGCUGGUGGAGGAGCUGUGCUUCAACUCCCCGAGAGGUUACAGCCAGAGCGAACGCUGCCAGGAGUUCAGCUACCUGCUGAGAGGUCGCAACAGACCGCUGGACGCAGAGAUCUCUGUCAGCUUGCUGUCGGUCAUCGUGACAUUCUGCGGCAUCGUCCUCCUCUCCGUCUCCCUCUUCGUCUCGUGGAAGCUCUGCUGGCUGCCAUGGCGGGACAAGGAGGGCGGAGUCCUGAGCCUGACGUCGGGGUUGCUGCCCGGUAGCGCUGGCGUCGGAAGCCUCGGAGGCACCGGGGGCCCGUCGCUCUUGCCCCCGCUGCUGCAGAGGAAGGAGGGCCACUCCUCGUCCUCACUGUACCCCACGCUAGGGCAGCAGGGCCAGCACCACCCCCACUUCUCUGAGCUGGUGGGGCUGGAGAGGGGGGAGGUGGGAAGUGUGGCUGGGGGGCCGCAUGAGACCCAGGAGCACUCCUACCUGGACAUGGACUCCUACCCCAACAACGCUGGAACUCUGAAGCUGAGUCAGACGUCUCCAGACGUCCCCAACUCAGAGGGGGGAGCCCAUCCCCCAAAAGACCUGCCCAACGCUCAUUCCCAGCAGCAGGUCACCUCACGGCCCAAGCCCAUGACUCACCAGCUCUCCAGUCCUGAUUUCCAUGGUGAGGAGAAGGAGCAGGUAACCAGCAUUGGGCAGAUCAAACCAGAGCUCUACAGACCCAAGGGCGACCAGGGUGAAGGCAAACAGGGUGACAACUGCGGCAAGAUCAGCUUCCUCCUGCGCUACGCCUUCAACACGGAGCAGUUGGUGGUGAAGAUCCUGAAAGCUUUGGACCUGCCAGCGAAGGACGCCAACGGCUUCUCUGACCCGUACGUGAAGAUCUACCUACUGCCAGACAGGAAGAAGAAAUUCCAAACCAAGGUUCACAGAAAGACCUUAAACCCAGUGUUCAACGAGACAUUUCAGUUCGGCGUGCCGCUGAAUGAGCUACAUUCCAGGAAGCUGCAUUUCUCCGUGUACGACUUCGACCGCUUCUCCAGGCACGACCUGAUCGGCCAGGUCGUGGUGGACAACCUGCUGGACUUCAGCGAGGGCAGCGGGGACAAACCUGUGUGGAGGGACAUCGUGGAGGGCACUGCGGAGAAGGCUGAUCUCGGGGAGCUUAAUUUCUCGCUGUGUUACCUACCCACUGCAGGCAGGCUCACCGCCACAAUCAUCAAGGCCACCAACCUCAAAGCCAUGGACCUGACUGGCUUCUCAGAUCCGUACGUGAAAGCCUCUCUGAUCUGUGACGGGCGACGGCUAAAAAAGAGGAAGACCUCCAUUAAGAAGAACACGCUGAACCCCACGUACAACGAGGCGCUGGUGUUUGACAUUCCCAAUGAAAAUAUAGAAAGUGUAUCCAUCAUCAUUGCAGUGAUGGACUAUGACUGUAUUGGUCAUAACGAGGUUAUAGGGAUGUGUCGUGUGGGCAGUGAAGCCGAGGGUCCAGGCAGAGAGCACUGGGCAGCCAUGCUGGCCAAUCCACGCAAACCAAUAGAGCACUGGCAUCAGCUUGUGGAGGAAAAAGCAAUUGGUACAUUUGUGUCGAAGAGUGUUACAACACCCUCCCCUAAGCCUCACAUCGUGGUGGACAGUCCUCACUCCGAUUAAAACUGUCAUUAUCAUCUCUCCAGCUCCAGACUUUCCUUUUUUCCUCUCAUCUGUGAAUAAUUCUCUCCAUCAAAGAAAGAGAGACGCAGAGACACUGCUAGUGUCCAACUGCUAGUGCUGUUUUGCUCCAGCUAAUGAAUCCUCCAAAAACCUGUGCUGUCUUUGCCAAGCCGGGGAAAAAAAAAACAUCUACCACAAGCAAAACUUUGAGCAUCAGACUACACAUUUACAAACCCAUGCAGACAUUAAACAGUACAGUAGGGCUCAAAUCAGGUGUAAAUUUGGGAUAUAGCAAGGGAACUCACACACAUAACUCACACACUCACACACACACACAUAUACACACAGAGUUUGUAGUAUGUGCGUAGUUCAUGUGUGCUUCAGAUUAGUGUAGUAUUUCAUCUAGGAGGAGUGUGAUGUGACAAACUUUUCUCUCCUGAAAACAAAAAAACAAAAAAACAAAAAAAUAAUAAAAAAUGAGUAAGCCAUCACAGAAUGGGUCAUUUCAACCAGGACCAAAGGUUCAUACCCUUGUACAGACUAUAAAAGAAGAAAAUCACUAUGUCGAUAUUUUUCUUUGCAACAUUGAUGUACAGUAUAUUCUGUACUGUAUAGGAAAACAUCUCAUGUAGUACUUAGCAGGACAAAACAUCCAUGGAGGAUUCUCCCGGGCCAUUUUGGACGCCUUCUCCAGGCUCCGCACCCUCUGGUUUUUGGACUUAUCUCACUUAAUGUCGCCGGAGGAAAGACGACGAAGCAUCCUGUGGUCUUUAUUGAUGUCAGAGGAGUGAAAAAUGAGGACAGACUCAUUGGUCUAAGCAUGUUACGCAACCUUGAAAUGUGUCCCUCUUCCUCAUGCUUUUCGUCACAGUCCUCAUGGUGCUCAUCAAAUACCAACUUUUUUUUUUUCUAAUGAUUUUGCUGUGUCUUUUGUGUCAUACAUUAUACAUAUAACCAUCAGGAAAGGAGUUUAUUCAUGCCGUUUUUUUACAGUCCACUGAGGAUGAGAUGGUAUAAGCUUCUGAGUGACAUGGACUACUUGAUCGUCCCCGGAACUCCGGCCAAAGUGGCUGACUUUUCGUACUGUAGGACUACACGGGUUGGAUGAAACCUGCGAUUAGGGUCGGACCAGCAUCCGUCUGGAGUGCACUCUCUGGAGGAUGUAACCCACAGGGAAGGAUAUCACCACUCAGUUUUAUUUUUCUAUCAUCCCAGGACUUUUUUGUGUUCUUAUCUCAAGAAGUCAUCGUCCAGCUUCAACUGAGAAAAAUGUUCUUCAAGUCCACAUCAUGUCUCCGACAAGACUUUCGAAGGACACACACGUCCGUGUUGCUUUUAUUAGUGUGUGUUUCCGUGUUUGUGGGCGUGUUUGUUUUGUAUUCGUGCGCGUCUGUGUGUGUGUGUGUGAGUGUGUGUAUGUGUGUAUGUGUGUGUAUGUGUGUGUGCCUGUGUGUGUGUCACUGUGACCUUGUGUGUGUGUCUAAGUGUGUGUGUGACACGUUUCUGUGCUCACCGCCUCCCUUGUCCUUUUUCUGUCUCCCUCACUCCCCGAAAUCCCGGCAUCCACAGACUGAAAUGCUUGUCUCGGAGCCAAAUGUGUCUUCUGUCCUGUGUCUUUACAAGGAGCCAUUUUGUGUGUGUGUGUGUGUGUGUGUCUGUGUGUGUGUGGGUGUGUGUGUUUGAAAGCGAGUAUAUGUGUGUGUGUUUGUGUGUGUGUGUGUGUGUGUGUACUAUACGUGCCUGGGGAAACACUGUCUUUCAUAGACAUUAGUUUGUAUUGUCUAUGUCGUCUCUAAAAUCAGCUGCCAAUCAUUCAACCCUCCUCUCCUCUCUAACCCUUUGCCUGAUGUAAGUAACUGUGUUGAUCGUGUACUUCUUUCAGUAAUUUGUGUACUGUAUGUCCGAGGGAAAAAAACAGAUGGCACAGUGAUUGGGAAAUAAAUUGUGGGGUGUGUUUUGAUUAAAUUUACAAGAAGGAACACAAAAACAAACAAACAAACAAAAAAAACUAAAAAAAAAAAAAAGAAGAAAAAAGAAAAAAACAUGGGAGGCUCAUUUGUUACGGCCUAAAGAUCAUGACAAACUUAGAUCCCCUUAAAGCAAGACAACAGGGAGGAGGUGUUGUGAGAAAAUAAGCGCCUGGAGUUUCUGCACUUCCUGUGUAAAACGAUACAGACUUAUAAAGCCAUGUCUGUCACCGCUACUACAACUACUACUGUAACCUCAGCAAAAACAACAGUACAACACCUCACUACAGCUACUUGUAUUUGCUAUCGUUGCCAUCUCCCUCUCAUCCUCUCGCACGCAAACACACACACUUUUGUCGAGGAGGGUGUGUGCGUGUGAGUGUGUGUGAGUGUGUGUGUGUGUGUGUGUGUGUGUGUGUGUGUGUGUGUGUGUGUGUGUGUGUGUGUGUGUGUGUUUGUUUCCGGGGAGGGAUGUAGUUUAUUUCUCUUUACCUCUGGAUCGUGGAAGUGCAGGGCAGGCAGGACUUACCGGUGAGCUCGAUGGGGUGUUCGGGAGGUGACACAUCCCGCAUCAUACCCGCAAGUAUCCUGUGGGGUUUGUCAGCUGGGGGACUAUUGAUCAGCUUGUAUAAGUAGAUAUGGUAUUGAUCCAUUGGUCUUGAGGCCCCAUAAUUCUCUGUUUCCCAGCCUCUCUCUCUCUCUCUCUCUCUCUCUCUCUCUCUCUCUCUCUCCCUCUCUCUCUGCUUGUGUCUACCCUAUUUAGCCCUUGUGUUACUGCCUGGUGAUAGAUUACAAAACUCAUAGUGGAACCGGCAUAUCCCCUUAUUCUCUUCCUCCCCCUGUCUGCUACACCCCCCCCUCCCUUUUCAGUUUCUGUCUGUCUGAUUACUGUCUGAUUACUCAUUCUCUCCUCCAGCAAUCCUUACCUUUCCUCCCGCUCCAACCCCCCCUUACCUAUCCUUUUCUCACUCCAUUUUUUUUCACCCACUUCCCUCCUCCCUCAACAUCAUCCCUCCAUCUUGCCCUCUUUCUUUGUAUCACCCUUCCUCCCUCUUUCCUCCCUCCCUCCUCUCUAUUCUCUUUCUCUCGCUGUCUUCUCGUGUUAGUGCAGUUCUGAAUGGUCAUGGGGAAACAUGUUUGCAUGCUUAUAUUAACAUGAAUGAUGUCAACUUGAUGCAAUGAAAAAUUAUAUAAGUGAUGCUUUAAGCAAAAUCUGACAAUGAACUUGAUACUAAUACUACUAAUGACGACUAAAUGGAGACCUAGCAAUUGUUUAUCUCUGUGGUCAAAAACAACAAUGAUGAAAUAACAUUGUUUAUGCUGUAUUUAUCUUUCUCGAAUUGGUAUUCUUUUUGAUUUUCAGUUGUUUUUUAUAUAUAAUUUAUUCAAGAGGUUUACUUUUUUAUUGGUUAAUGCUGAGAAUUGUGAGUGAGGGGUUCAGUCAGGGGCGAUUGUUUCAGUCAGGACAGCUGUACCAGGUCGCAGGAUGUCGGUGAAUGUGUAAGUAACAGUGUGACUGAAGCAAUGAUAAUGGAAAUAAAGGAUAUGUAUCAUCCAG